AUGCUGGAAACUAAGCGGACGAUUAGCAGAAAGAAGAGGAGCAUUGUGCCAGGGUCUCCUGUUCCCGUUGCACAAGCAGGUUCAAAACCGGAGAGCAUGGAGCGGAUCGAAGUCGGCAUGCAUGUCGACAUACAAAGAUCCGAUGGACGUGUACAUGGUGCUGUUGUCUCACAGUUGAAGCCGGAACGUAGAGCUGUGCUUGUGGAAUGGUUUGAAAAGGGAGAAACGAAGGGGAAGGAAAUCGACCUUGCUUCUUUGGUAGCCAUCAAUCCAACACUGAAAGGGAAGGAUUCUUUGUCGAAGACGCUCGUGCAUGCUCAUGAUGUGGAAGCCAACGAUGAAAAUGAAAUGUUAUUCGACAUUCCACGACCAAAUAGAAGGGCUGCUGCAGCUGCACUUCCAACACAACGGGUUCCUGCUGAAUCUAGUACCAACGCGGCUGUUCGUCGAUCUAUGCUUUUGGACCGGGGUGGAAGUGGUAGUGAUCUUACCAUAGUUGGUGAUGAUUUUGCCCAUGCUCAGAAUUCUCACCCACGUCAAGCCCCACGAGGCUUGGUGGCUCCGCAGAAAGUUUCUAUACCUGCUACCAAACGUGCAGCAGCUGGCGCCAGUGCCGCGACAACUCCAGUUGAACAUGCUCCUCCGCCAAGUAUGAUACGAUCGUCCGAAAUGGAAGAUCUGAACGAUACCGUAGUUGUACCUGAUCAUAAAAUGAAAUCGUCGACAGUUGCUAACAUCGAAAGAUUACAGAAAGAACGCGAAGAGAGAAGGGCUCAGCAGAAUAACAUCAAAAAACAAAAGGAGAUGGAGAAAAGCAUUGAUCCAGGAAAUCCCAACUACCAAUUCCUCUUGAUGAUUCGCGAUUAUCAAUCUCAGAUAGACUAUCGUCCGUUAAAGAUGACAGAUCAAGUAAUAGAUAACCGGAUCUCCGUGUGUGUGAGGAAGAGGCCGCUGAACAAAAAAGAAAUAAGCAGGAAGGAAAUUGAGGUCAUUACGAUUCCCAAUCGCGAUCAUCUGAUCGUCCAUCAACCGCAAGUCAAAGUUGAUCUCACGAAGUACUUGGAAAAUCAGAAGUUUCGAUUUGACUACACUUUUGACGAGAAUACCUCCAAUGAAAUGGUCUAUAAAUUCACCGCGCAACCAUUAGUGAAAACAAUUUUUGACCAAGGAUUUGCUACAUGUUUUGCGUAUGGACAGACAGGUUCAGGAAAAACGCAUACUAUGGGUGGUGAUUUUACGGGUAAGAACCAGAACUGUGCUAGUGGAAUUUAUGCCAUGACUGCCAGCGACGUAUUCAAAAUGCAACACUCACAGCAGUACAAGAAGCUGAAUCUUUCUGUCAGCUGCAGCUUCUUUGAGAUUUAUGGCGGAAAGGUGUUUGACCUUCUGAAGCAGAAAGCUUUAUUGCGAGUUCUUGAAGAUGGCAAAAAAGAAGUACAAGUUGUUGGAUUGGAGGAGGUUCCUGUGAAUUGCGAAAACGAUGUUCUUGAUCUGAUCCGGCAGGGCACCGAUAUGCGCACUGCAGGUGCCACAUCUGCAAAUUCCAACUCCAGCAGAUCCCAUGCCGUCUUUCAAAUAGUUUUGAGGAGGGGCAAUAAAUUAUGGGGAAAGUUUUCGCUGAUAGAUUUAGCGGGUAACGAACGUGGUCAGGAUACCGGUAAUUCUGAUAGACAAACCCGAAUGGAAGGUGCAGAAAUCAAUAAGUCGCUGCUGGCUUUGAAGGAAUGUAUCAGAGCUAUGGCUAAAAAUAGCCAACAUGUGCCAUUCCGAACCUCUAAGCUAACAUUGGUGUUACGAGAUUCGUUCAUUGGAGAAAAAGCGCGCACUUGUAUGAUUGCCAUGAUUAGUCCGGGUAUGUCCUCCUGUGAGCACACUAUCAACACGCUACGCUAUGCUGACAGAGUGAAAGAACUUGGUGCCGAUGAAGGUGGUGCCUCCGCGCCUAUGAAUGAUGAAGAACUCAUGCUUCGGGCGAGUGGUGAUGACGGUGAUAACGAGGAUGCUGAUCUUUCGCUUGUUUGUAGUAGAAAUGGUACCGAUAAAACAACAUUCGACAUGAUGAAAAUCGUAUCGAGUCUCACAGCUGCUGAAGAAGAAGCCCUUUAUAGCCAGUACAAUCUCGAGCAGAACUUGAAGACAUGGAUGAAAGAACUGAGCAAUUUGAUUACUCGCUCAAGCACUGUGGAUUACGAUCAGGAAAAAUACGUACGCGACUCUCUUAAUUUGAACAAUAAGAUGUUCAGCGGAUUGUCGGAAUGCGUGGAUCGACUAAAGAAAUGGCAAGAGCUACAAGUAGCAGAAGCAGAGAUGUCCAAAAAAGCAACAAGAAAUAAAAAUUCUCAUCGUUAGCGCUUAUCAAGUUCAUAUCCACUCAUAACUUUCGAAUGCCAUCUUUGUGCUCGUUUGAGAUCUUCCUUAUGUACACUUCAUCUAGCUUAUAUUACGCGUUUUUCAUGCUUUGUCGGGUUGAUUGUGAAAUUUCCGCUACUUUACAUUCUGUGUUAUAGUAAUCCUGUACUGAUUGAUGUGCAAAAAAAUUGGUUUUAAGAAAUGCUUUCCUAACGGUAUUCAUCGUGCAUCUUCCAAAUCCGAAUUGGGAGCGUAGCCCUCUCUAUUCUAAUUUUAUACUAAUUUCUGUAACUCCACGCAUGUAGCAUCAACUGCGCUCUUAUCAAGCUUUGCACAACUUGAAGUUUUCCAAUAAUUUAUUGUAGCUUUGAUUGUUGCCUCCUGUUUGGCAGAUUCCUCAUGGAAAUGUGCCACUUAAUAUGCUGUUUUGAGGAAAUUCUGCCAAUAAGGUUGGUAGGUGCUGACUGUCUAUCGUUCCAAAUAAUCGUUUGUCGAGGGAGUCAUCUUGUAGAUUUUAUAUGAAUAAAUCGCAC